CAAAGACACACGAUCGCUACCAAGACAACAUGUCGGAAUGCGAGACAGGCAAUGACUUCGACGGACGCGUGGGCGUGCGCGUCAGCGCAAUCUUUGUGAUACUCGUCGGCAGUGCCCUUGGCGCCAUCUUUCCGGUAUACGCGGCAAGACACAGAGACGCAGGUGUUCCUGAGUGGGCUUUCUUCUUCGCCAAGUAUUUCGGCAGCGGAGUCAUUGUGGCCACAGCUUUCAUUCACCUCCUGUCGCCAGCGUACGAGGCACUAUCCAACGAGUGCCUCACAGGACCGAUUACCGAGUAUGACUGGGUUGCUGGCAUUUGUCUUAUGACGGUGUUUGCUCUGUUCUUCGUCGAACUUAUGACCAUGCGCUUUGCAAAGUUCGGCCAUUCACAUUCUCAUGGUGAUCCCCAUGAGCAUGAAGAAAGCCACGAGAUCCGCGACGCCCAACGUCCAAGGCGAAGCCCAGCGCUGGAACCCAAGACGAAGGACGCUUAUUAUACGGACGAGCCGUCGGAACCGUCCCUUGAGCCUUCACCAGAGCGCUCCUCAUCGCAGCAUGAAGGCCGCUGUCCAACAAGUCCUUACGUGCCGGGUGAUGAUCAUCUUUCGCAUUCAAGAGACCACCCAAACUCUGCCGGUAUUGUCAAACAAGCAAACGGUCGUGCUAGGACCUUCAACCCCGAAAGUUAUGCCGCCCAGAUGACAGCAAUAUUCAUCCUGGAAUUUGGUGUUAUCUUUCACUCCAUCUUCAUUGGCCUUACACUGGCUGUUUCAGGCGCCGAAUUCGUCACUCUGUACAUAGUGCUGACUUUCCAUCAGACCUUUGAAGGUCUUGCGCUGGGCUCUCGUCUUGGGAGCAUUCAAUGGCCGAGGGACCGACGGUGGACACCAUACAUUAUGGGUCUUGCUUAUGCUCUUUCGACCCCGAUUGCCAUAGCGAUUGGCAUCGGUGUGCGCCAGACAUUCAAUCCGGAGAGUCAGACGACUCUGAUUGUCAACGGGAUCUUUGAUUCUAUCUCGGCAGGCAUUCUGAUCUACACUGGUUUGGUUGAGCUAAUGGCACAUGAAUUCAUGUUCUCGUCGCACAUGCAGACGGCGCCUUUGAAGGAAGUCCUUACGGCCGUUGUCUGGAUGGUUCUUGGGGCUCUUCUAAUGGCUAUUCUCGGUAAAUGGGCUUGAAAGAUGACACUCAUGAUUGCAUGUACAAAAGAUUAUAGACCUAGACGAGAUGACGAUCGUGCGACAUUUUGCUGGCUCGCGCGUCCGCGGUUCCUGCCGCGCACUCUCUUUGAAAGUUUGAAGCGGAUUUGGGGAUUUUAUAGAUUUGAACCCAAAUUGAAUUCGUAUCUCCGUC